GGGGUCUUGUUGAUAAGAGCCAAGGGUUGUUGUUCCAGGGCGACACCAGGAACGACACAUGGAUCUUUGUGCUAACCAUACUGCUCUCCAGCACCCUGAUCUACAACAGCAGAGGCACCAUUGACCAGCAAGCCAUGGACCAGCUGCACUAUGUGGUGAAGCUGACUGAGCAUGUCAAGUUGAAAGCAGCACCCAAUAAGAGUGAAGAUGAAGUGGAGGAUUCAGAGAAAUUUGUCCUCUUCUUCCCGAGUUUCAUCUGGGCUGUCCGGGAUUUCACACUGCAGCUGAAGGUGGCUGGGAAGGAAAUCUCUGAGGACGAAUACUUGGAGAACGCACUGAAGUUAAAGGCUGGGAGCGAGCCGGAGACCCAACGCUACAACCAGCCCCGGGAAUGCAUCCGCCAGUUCUUUCCGGAUCGCAAGUGCUUUGUUUUUGACCAACCGGCCAGCAAGAGGGACCUGGUCCGCUUGGAGGAGCUUGAGGAUGAUGAGCUUGAUCCUGAAUACCAGCAGCAGGUGGAGAAAUUCUGCAGCCACGUCUGGGAAAAGUCUCCACCUAAGACCAUCCCUGGUGGCCACAUCAUAACAGGGCACUUGCUGGGGAAACUGGCAGUGACCUACGUGGAGGCCAUCCAGAGCGGGGCAGUGCCAUGCCUGGAGAGCGCGGUGCUCGCCCUGGCACAGGUUGAGAACGCAGCAGCAGUGAAAGAGGCUGUGACGUUGUACCAGGAUCUGAUGGAGCAGCGGGCGAAGCUGCCGACGGAGACUGUUCAGGAGCUGCUGGAGCUGCACACCCAGUGCGAGCGGGAGACGCUGGAGCUGUUCAUGGCACGGGCAUUCGAGGAGGACAUCUACUCUUUCCAGGCAGAGCUCAUACGCCAGGUAGAGGCAGUCAAGGUGAAGUUCUGCAUGGACAACGAGCAGGCGUCCCGCAACAAGUGCGAGGCUGCUCUCAGGGACCUCUCCCAACACAUGGAGAGACGAAUCAGUGAGGGUGUCUACAGUGUGUCACGGGGUUACCAGCUUUUCAAAGGAGACCAGCAGGCACUGGUGGAGAAAUAUUGGGAACUGCCUGGCAAGGGGGUGGAGGCUGAUGCUGUCCUGCAGGAGUUCCUCCAAAGCAGAAAGACUCUGGCCAAAAGCAUCCUCCAGACAGACCUCUCCCUGACAGAGGAGGACAAGGAGCUGAAAAGUGAGCAAGACCAGUAUGAGAGAGCUGAGCAGGAGAGGGAGGUCCAGAGGAAAAAGGAGGCUGAAGACAAGCAGAAGUUGCAGGGCCAGUUACGCAGCUACGAAGAGCACACGCUUCAGCUGAGAAAGAAGCUGGAGCAUUACUGUGUGAGGCAGCUGGAGGAGCACCGGAAGAUGAUCAGACAUAAAUCAAAGGAGGGGAGUGCGUUGCUCAUGGACGGCUUCUGUGAAAAAGCCACCCAACUACAAAUGGCGACCUGUAGACUGGAGGAGGAAUAUCACUGCAGCAGGAACAAGUUCAUGUCCUGGAUCAGUGUAAUGGUACCGAUACUGUUAAGCUUGAUAUUUGCCAUACUUCGCCUUUGGAGACCAUGAAGAUUUUCUUCAUAACCCCUGUAGUAACAAAGUAAGAGAGGUGUGUAGUGUCCUCACGUAUAAUUCUGUGAAAUUUUGAAAGCCCUUCCUGCAAGAUGCUUUGCCAUAGGGUAUGGAAGUGACCUCCACGUUCACUUGUACUGCACUAUCUAGUGCUUUCAUGCAUGUCUCCUCCAGGAGAAGAUGUUCUCCUCUUCCCUCCCAGAGCACCUGGUCUCUCACCUCGUCUGAAGGCAUGGGGAACAUCUAAAGCCAGGGUGGCCUGGGGCACAGAAAGACCAUAAGGCCAGCAGGCAGGUCUGGGAGCAUUUUGCCAUGCUCAGAACAUGUCAUUGGGGGUUCUAACGCACCUCUUCUAGAGACCUCCUCACCAGGGCUAUGGGAAACAUGCCCGAGAGAGCUUAAGCUCAUGUCCUAGGGUCACACUUACUGCAGCAGCGUGAAGCAGCAUGGAGGUUGUGAGUAAACGAGGAAUCCAGGUGGUGAGUGCUGCCUGGUUUGCUUGGCAUCAGUCCUGGGCAGAGUGACCCAGAAGGAGUGAGCCCAUGACCCAGGGAGCAGUGGAUGAAAGCCAUUCUCUGCUAGGUAGCUGUUCCCACCCUGGUCCUUAGCAAGGCUCUUCUCACUUUGCAGCUGUGAGGAAGUUCUCCCCACAGGGCUGUUCUGCUCUCUGCUCGCUCCCCCUGUCUCCAUGCUGCUCCCCGUUUCCUUUCUUCAGACCGAGAGAUCCCCAAGUGCCCCUUCCCACGGGUGUCUGGGGUGAUACAGCGGGAGAUGGCUGUAGAGGGUUCAUGGGAGGCGUGUGUCCCAUUGUACUGGUUUUGGCUGGGACAGAGUUAAUUUUCUUCAUAGCAGCUGGUGUGGUUCUGUGUUUUGGAUUUGUUGAUAACAAGCCCCUGAACAGUGCCUGCUCAGCAUCAAGACCUUUUCUGUUUCUCAUCCACCAGCGAGCAGGCUGGGGGUGGGCAAGAAGUUGGGAGGGGACACAGCUGGGACAGCUGAGCCCAACUGACCAAAGCGGUAUCCCAGACCAUAUGACACUGUGCUCAAGCAAUAAAAGCUGGGGGAAAGAGGGAGGAAAGGAGGAAGGGAGGAUGUUUGGAGUUAUGGUGUUUGUCUUCCCAAGCCACCGUUACGCGUGAUGGAGCCCUGCUUUCCUGGAGAUGGCUGAACAUCUGCCUGCCGAUGGGAAGCAGUGAAUGAAUUCCUUAUUUUGCUUUGUUUGUGCACGCAGCUUUUGCUUUACCUAUUAAACUGUAUUU